CGCUGCGCUUUUUUGGAUGCUGCAAGACGAGGCGACUUGACGCAUUCCGGCAGGGGCUCCCAGCCCUGCGACUGGCCCGGCGCAGCCUCCGCCGCCUGCCCCGGAGCGAGCUUUGCCCCUUCCCCAGCACCGCGCGCACACGCAGCCGAAGAGGAGGAGCGGGAGCCGGAGCCGGAGCCGGAGCCGGAGCCGGAGGGGGCCGCGGGGAGAGGCAGUGGAAAGUGCUGAGUCGGCGCAUCCCGGCCUCCCCUGGUGUCUUGCUUUUGGUGGCAACUCAGUGCUGCCCGCAGCCAUGGUGGAGGCGGGGAGCGCAGGAGCAGCGUCGAGUUAAAGGCCAAAGGCAAGGGCUGGGGAGGGGAGCUCCGCCUGGGGUGUGUGGCAGGGACCCCUGGCCCUUCCCUCCCCUCUGUCCACUCUGCAUUUCUCCCCUUCAUCCCCCUUUCCCCUCAUCCAUCUUUCCCUUUCCUCUCUGGGGUUUUCCCCUCCCUAAUCCUUGGUUUCUGCCCCCCCGCUAGAGCCCUCAAUUCCAGCUCCACCAUCCACCUCUAGGCUCUCUGAGGUUUCCCUCCCUUGCCUUGGCACUCUCUGCCUCAGACCCCUGCCUCCCUCCCACCGCCUCCAGGGUGUCCCUCUGUAACCCUCGCACACCUCCCCACCAUCAGUUGUGCCACCAUGACUGUCAUGGCUGGAGACAACGUGGAUGAGACCUCUGCCCUGCCUGGCCACCCCCAAGACAGCUACCAGCCAGGUGCCCAUGACGACCAUGAGUGCUGUGAGCGGGUCGUGAUAAACAUUGCUGGGUUGCGCUUUGAGACCCAACUGAAGACCCUAGCCCAGUUCCCCAACACGCUGCUGGGCAACCCCAAAAAGCGCAUGCGGUAUUUCGACCCCUUGCGCAAUGAGUACUUCUUUGACCGCAACCGGCCUAGCUUUGAUGCUAUCCUCUAUUACUACCAGUCUGGAGGCCGGCUCCGCAGGCCGGUCAACGUGCCUCUAGAUAUGUUCUCUGAGGAGAUCAAGUUCUACGAGCUGGGUGAGGAAGCCAUGGAGAAAUUCCGGGAAGAUGAAGGGUUCAUCAAGGAGGAGGAGAGACCCUUGCCCGAGAAGGAAUACCAGCGCCAAGUGUGGCUCCUCUUUGAAUAUCCAGAGAGCUCCGGGCCAGCCAGGGUCAUUGCAAUAAUCUCUGUCAUGGUGAUCCUCAUCUCCAUAGUGAUCUUCUGUCUAGAGACUUUACCGGAUCUGAAGGAAGAAAAAGACUUCACAGGGACCCUGCACCGCGUUGACAACACCACUGUGAUCUACAAGUCCAACAUUUUCACAGACCCCUUCUUCAUCGUGGAGACCUUGUGCAUCAUCUGGUUUUCUUUUGAGCUGGUGGUACGCUUCUUUGCCUGUCCAAGCAAAGCUGAGUUCUUCAAGAACAUCAUGAACUUCAUUGACAUAGUGGCCAUCAUCCCCUACUUCAUCACCCUGGGAACUGAGAUGGCUGAACAAGAAGGAACCCAAAAGGGGGAGCAGGCCACCUCUCUGGCUAUUCUGCGAGUCAUCAGACUGGUAAGAGUCUUUAGAAUCUUCAAACUCUCCCGGCAUUCUAAGGGCCUCCAGAUUUUGGGACAGACCCUCAAAGCCAGUAUGAGAGAGCUAGGUUUACUAAUCUUCUUCCUCUUCAUUGGGGUGAUCUUGUUCUCCAGCGCGGUGUUUUUUGCUGAGGCUGAAGAACCUGACUCUCAUUUCUCAAGUAUCCCCGAUGCUUUCUGGUGGGCAGUGGUAUCCAUGACCACUGUGGGCUAUGGUGACAUGUACCCUGUGACAAUUGGAGGCAAAAUCGUAGGCUCCUUGUGUGCCAUCGCUGGUGUGCUGACAAUUGCCCUGCCUGUACCUGUCAUCGUAUCCAACUUCAACUACUUCUACCACCGAGAAACAGAAGGGGAAGAACAGGCUCAGUUACUUCACGUUAGCUCCCCCAAUUUAGCAUCUGACAGUGAUCUCAGUUGCCGUAGUUCUUCCACAAUCAGCAAAUCUGAGUACAUGGAAAUCGAAGAGGAUAUGAAUAAUAGCAUAGACAAUUUUAGAGAGGCUAAUCUCAGAACUGGCAACUGCACCGUAGCCAACCAAAACUGCGUUAAUAAAAGCAAGCUGCUGACUGAUGUGUAAAAAAAAGCAAAAACAAAACAAAACAAAAAAUAAACCCCACUCACAGCUUGAAGACUUUAAGUGACAUGGUCACACUUUGUAGAUGCUUUACUAAUAGUCUUUGAAUGCUUUAUUUACCUCGUAAAUGCAUUGUUGCAUUGCGAAUUUUUGCUCAGCGAUAAAGAAGCUUUCAGGAUCCAUGAAAGAGAUAAUGUUUUGUUUCUUUUACAAAUGGUAUUUUCCAACUGGUUAACAAUGAUAAUCAUUUGAACUAGUCUAGUUGUAAGUCAUAUGCUUCUAAACCUCAACUUUUUUUCCUAACUUUUUUUUGUUCAUUUAACUUAUUUUUACAGCAAAAGAGUUUUUAGUGACAUGCAUGGAUUCCAGUAAAAAACAAAAUUUCUGCAAAACUGCACAAUGCAUCCAAAAAAGUACAUCCAAUAAAAAGUUCAGUAGAAACAUGCAGGAAGCAUCUGCUGCUAUUUUGCUCAAGAAGUGUAUAUUCCCCAUCCUCCUUUGUGAGGAAUUAUGUCGUUCUGCUCUACAGAUCCACACAGCACCUUAUUAUGAAUAAACUUAAGCCCAGUGUUUUGGCUGUUUGUACCCUUAAUGCAGACAAAUUAUUAUUCUAUAAGGAAAAUAAAGGACAAAACAUCUGCAAUGCUGCUAAGUUUUCUUAACUGCAGAUGGUUAAACACACUUUUCUCCCUUUAUUUCCCCUGUCCUCCAGAACUGGAUGCAAAACUUUUCACCCUGUGUUGCAAGAUAGCACAAUGGAGUUUAAUAUAUGCAUGUUUGAAUUUGAUACUAUUUAUUUUGUAAUAGCAUGCCUGAAAAGUUACCUCAGACAAUAGGGGAUAAGCUUUCGUUUGAACGGAAUCUUCUAAAUAUAGUCCUUUUUGGUUUUGGUUCGUGAAACGCAAAGUCUUUCUUUCUUUCUUUCUUUCUUUCUUUCUUUCUUUCUUUCUUUCUUUCUUUCUUUCUUUCUUUCUUUCUUUCUUUCUUUUAUUUUUGAUUUGCAUUCACCAAAAGUGCACUCCUUAAUUUAUUAAAUAUUUGAUUAGUAAUUUAAAGUACUGUAUUUACGUGCAUAUGUUAGUCAAAUGGGAACAAUAACUUUUGGAGAUCAAAGCAUGUUCAAAUAUUCAGCAUUAUGGCCUACUUGAUUAAGGUGUAACUUGAAUUAAUUAAUGCAUGAAUUCAGUAAUAAUAAGAAUAUUUUUUAAAACGCGCUUGUUAGAUUGAGGGCACAAAGGGACUGACUAGAGAGAUCUGAUGCUUUUCCUGCAUCAUUCAGGGAAAUGUGUUGGCUUCUCUCCAGGCAUGGUCAGAAAGGAACAUAUCCCAUCCCUUAAAGGGAAAACUAUAAGGAAAAUUAAGAAGUCAAGUUAUAUAUAACAACACCUAAGAAGCACUAUCCUUCCUAGCUGCAGAGGUGCCGAUGCAUGUCUUUUGGUGCAUUCUCUGAAUGUAAAUGAAAUGUAUCUAUCGUAUGCAUCCAAAUUGCAGCGGCUGGUUUUCUUUUGCCAUCAUGAUUUGAGCUCUAUAGACUUUUGUACUUCUCUAGAACUCACUGAAGAGACUCAACAGAUUGAUUUAGGUAGUUGCUUAGUGCCUUUUUAUCCUUUAUCCACUGAUUUGCUGAAAGUGCCUCCAUGAAUAGAGCCAAUCAGAUGUAGUGAAGGAAGGGGCAAGAUAACACCACACAAUCAGGAUUGUUCCAUGCUACUCCUAGGCAUGGCAUGCAGAGAGAGGGAAAAAGUGGGUGUGUGUGUGAGAGAGGGAGACAGACAGACAGAGAAGAGGAGGGCAAUGACCACCAGCGCCCAUGGACACCUUCCUUCCCUUGGCAGCGCAAUGCUGCGGGGCUCGGCGUUUUGCCUCUGCCAAAUAAGUCACAAUCGUGUUUAUGCAAGACUCAGAAUUUCCCCAGAUUGUUUAUAGACAUUGCUGCCCUCAUCGUUUUUGCCUUUCCUUCCCCCGAGAUGGCUCUUGGGCAGCCUGCCCCAGAAUGGCAGAACAUGAGGAACUAAAGACCAUCACUUACUGCAGCAUCCACCAGGCAGGCAACCAGACUGGAGGGCUGCACAUUUUUUUCUCUUGGACUUCCCAAGAGGUAGGUGAGAGAGAGGCUCCCCAUUUCCCAGUUGAGCAUCUACUCCUGCCUCCCUCCCCCUUCCCCCACACUCCCUCAGGAACCUUUCAGAUCUUAAAUCCAAUACAGGUCCUUCAAGGAAUCCUUUCCCAUUCAGUCCCACGUCCCUUCCCUGCUCCCACCCUGAUCUGUGGAAGGAAGCACUGCUGGGAGAAGGCAUUUUCUGCAAUAUGCAAGCCUUGACCGCUAGGUCCUGGAAGAUGACAGCUUUCCAUCCUGACCAACGUAGGCACUAAUUUUUAUUUUUCUAAAGGACCAAGUUGAGAAUCUUCAUUCUGCACUUAGCAUGUGGCCAUCUGCUGUCGAAACCCCUCUUCCUUCCACACUGUACAGACCCCUUUCCCCCACUCCCAUCUUAUAUCUAUCUAUCUAUCUAUCUAUCUAUCUAUCUAUCUAUCUAUCUAUCUAUCUAUCUAUCUAUCUGUAUAUAGUGAGACAUUUAUGGUCUAAAAAAAAUUCACUCUGCAGUUAACGCACAAGCCCGACCUGCUGGGUUUACAGAAAGACUUGACUUCUCGCUUGUUUGGCAUCUGUGAAUCUUUAAUGAUGGGAAAGUGAUCAAGGACAGAGGAAACCUCUCCACUCAAAACAGCUGCAAAAUGUCUGGUAAAACAGGGCAUUCAGUUCUCCAGGUAGAUGACAUCAAGCUUCUUUCCUGGCCCCUAUCUGUUCACACCCCCCACAACACACCUGUCCCACCAAAAAUUAAAAUUUGGUGGUCCUGAUCUUUCCAAACUCUGAAUUCUAGGAUACAACUUCCCAUGUUGAAACUGACUUGAAUGCUGCACUCCAUUAAAAACAGCAAUAAUCAAUUCAGUGCUGUGGGACUGAUGAUCAGAAAGUAGCACCUGAGAGAUGAGGCCUCACUUUGGUAACUUGGUUUCUAUAGCAGUUGGGUGUCUGCAUCUUAGUUUAACUAACAGACUGAUGAUUAUUCUGCAUGUGUAAAGACAAGUGCAUGCAGUGGUUCUUUUUUGGCAGGGGCUUGGGUGAAACAUUAGGGUGUGGGGUGGCUUGGGGAGUCUGAAUGUUGCUUACCCAUUUAUAGCUCAUUACAAAGGAACUAAUAAGUAUGGAGUACAGGGAUUUAAACUCAAGUAGCAUAGGCAUGUGUUUCUGGCAAGUUUGACAAAAAAGCUCUUACCCCUUGCACUAAAUGUGCUGAAAUGUCUUUGUAGGCCUGAAGGUGCACUUAACAACUGCCUGUUCUUACCAAUAAAUGUCUUUUUCUUUUUUA